AUAGCACGCUCACCUUGUCGUAGUAGUAGCGUAGCGCCCUCACCUUGUCGUAGCGGUAGCAUUACGCCCUCACCUUGUCGUAGUAGUAGCGUAGCACGCUCAGCUUGUCGUAACGGUAGCAUAGCGCCCUCAACUUGUCGUAGUAGUAGCGAAACGCGCUCAGCUUGUCGUAGCGGUAGCAUAGCACGCUCACCUUGUCGUAGUAGUAGCGUAGCGCCCUCACCUUGUCGUAGUAGUAGCGUAGCGCCCUCACCUUGUCGUAGCGGUAGCAUAGCACGCUCACCUUGUCGUAGUAGUAGCGUAGCGCGCUCAGCUUGUCGUAGCAGUAGCAUAGCGCGCUCAGCUUGUCGUAGCGGUAGCGUAGCACGCUCACCUUGUCGUAGUAGUAGCGUAGCGCGCUCAGCUUGUCGUAGCAGUAGCGUAGCGCGCUCAGCUUGUCGUAGCAGUAGCAUAGCGCGCUCAGCUUGU